AAAAUUUACCAGAUCAUGCCUAUAUAAACAGUUUCAUUUCAGUGAAAUGUUUCCAAUCGAUGGAGUAGAAAACUUUCCAUCUACAUCAUACAUCGCUCUAUAGAACAGGCAGUUUUGUACCAGCGACGUAUUGCAGGACAUCAAUCCCUCAAUGCGCAUUGCAGUAUCUAUAGCCACCAGCAAGUCACAACAGUCCACUAGUCUCGAAAACUUAUUUUGUAGUGAAAAUUCAACCAUGCAAAAAGCGAAUACUGUUCCACAAUUUCCCCGAUUUAUAGGGAUUCAAAGAUUCAGCAAAAAGGCAGCUCCACGUAAUACAAGUUUGCCUACGAUAUCGUAUGUCCGAAACGCAAGCGAAACUCAAAUUGAUACAAAUGAAGAAUUGAAAUUCGAGAACUAUGAACUCGUAAGAACCGUUGGACAUGGAUCAUUUGGAGUUGCUGUCCUGUAUAGGAGAAAAUCAGAUGAGAAAUAUGUUGUCCUAAAACAGAUAAGUCUAAACGAACUAACAUCUCAAGAGCGUGACUUGGCAAUGAAUGAAGUCGAAGUUUUCUCUAAGCUUCAUCACCCGAAUAUUAUCAAUUACUUGGGAAAUUUCAUCAAAAAUGAUGUCUUGUAUAUUGAAAUGCAAUUCGCUGAUGGCGGAACUUUGGCUCAAAUCAUUGCCAGUCGUGGACCGAAACAUUAUUUCCCGGAAAGGCAGAUCAUUUCAAUUUUCGAACAAAUCACAAGUGCUAUAAAUUAUAUGCAUUCUGAAAAUAUUCUGCACAGAGAUUUGAAAACAGCUAAUGUAUUUCUCUGCAACCGUGGACGAGUGAAGAUUGGUGACUUUGGCAUUUCAAAAAUUAUGAAUACUAAAAUUCUCGCUCAAACAGUUCUUGGAACACCUUAUUACUUCAGUCCAGAAAUGUGUGAAGGGAAAGAGUAUGACCACAAAAGUGACAUCUGGGCUCUUGGAUGCCUAUUGAACGAAAUGUGUUGUCUCAGGAAAACGUUUGCUGCUUCGAAUUUGCCUGAAUUGGUUGGGAGGAUCAUGAGUGGUCAAUAUACCCCAGUUCCUCCUGGUUAUUCUAACGGAUUAAAAACAUUAUUGAGUAUCCUACUGCAGGUAGAGGCUUCGCGCAGACCAUGUGCAAGUGAAAUACUUCAGUACUGGAUUCCACUUAUUUAUCGGAACUUAGGAAGAAAUAAAGGGAAUGCUUACAAUUAUGAUAAUGACGCAUCUGAAGACACUAAUGAAUCGCUGGUGAACACCGCGCAGACAUUUACUCAACAACUCAUGGAAGCCGUGACUGCGAUUCCCAAUAACCCGUUGGAAGCGAGGUCUGUCUUAUAUCAACUCAAGGCCUUCGGUACAGGAUUCUCCCUGACACCGCUACAACUUCCACCCAAAGCUAAGAUUAGGGGUGUUGCCACUAAUGAUUCUCAUUUUAUAGUUGUGAAUGAAGACGGUUCGGUUUAUUCGUGGGGUGAAGGCAGCAAAGGACAGUUAGGACUGAAUUCACUUGAUUCUUGGAAGCACUAUCCAAGCCGCAUUGAAGCUUUGAGGAAGUAUCGUGUUAUUGGAGCGUGUGCAGGUGAUGGAUUUUCAAUUUUUUGGACUGAUUUGGGUGUGGUCUUUAGUUGUGGUGAUAACAGCAGAGGCGCUCUUGGACGUGACGAUCAGAAAAGCAAUCAUAUACCAAAAGUUGUUGAAAGUUUGAAUGACAUCAAAAUUGUGGAAGUAGUUGCAAGUGGAGACCAUGUUCUAGCGCUGGAUAAUAAUGGCCUCCUUUAUUCAUGGGGUACUUGUCCUCAUGGUUCAUUAGGGCUAGGGAAUAGCCGCAAUUCUGAACAAAGCCCAACAUUAGUUCCACUACCGUGCAAUAUAAAUAAGCCAGUAAAAAUUUUCUGCGGACCCGAUGCCUCAGCCCUUUUACAAGAGAAUGGGAACGUCUACGCCUGCGGGAGUAACUCAUUCGGCAAGUUGGGAUUUUCAACAAGGACUUCGAAGAUCGGGUUUUUUAAAAAAAUCAACAUCAACAAGAAAGUUAUAGAUAUCAGCUUGGCUUCGUCUCAUUCAGCGUUCCUUAUUGAUGGAGGCUAUGUGGUAACAAUGGGAAAUAAUGCAGAUGGACAACGAGGAUUAGGUCACUGCAAAGCGGUUAAAGGACCAACUAUAGUAACUGGUAUAAUCCAUAAAACAAUAAAGCAUGUAAGGUGUUGCAAUUCAUACACUGUUGUUACCUCCGAAGAUAAUAUUAUAUCAUUUUGGGGAACUAGAUAUGGAAUUCCUGAUUAUAAUUUCCAACUGGAGAAUGAUUUCAACGAUGGACAGCCCCAACCUAACACGAGUGCGGCGUUCGACGUUGGGAAUAGCACCACCGCUUUUACAAACUUUUUAACAUCAGUUUACAAAUCGGAACUAGUUUCAGACCCAAUUGAUAUCUUAGCAUUGCAUUCAUCAAAGGAACAAUUGUCCAAAGGCUACUAUGUGAGGGUGGGAAAUGUUUAUCCUCUACCACAUAGUAUACUGGUAGCUGUCGAUACUACAACGCCUCUUGUUUCAAGCAACGAACAUUAGUAAGUCCGCGUUUCCAAUUCUUCUUCUGAAUUUGACAUACCAAGUGUGCAAUGCACGAGUGCUGUGAUAAAUGAUUUGUAUUUUUUUUCAAAAUUUGAAGUUGUUUAUUAAAGUGUUUUCAAAAUUUAA